AUGAUCUAUUCGCAGUAUCUUUUAGAUAAAGGCGUUGAAAAGAUUGAUUCAAAUGCAGAUGUAAAAUCAGAAGAAACCUAUAAUGCAUUAAAAGACAUUCUUCAAUACAGCAAAACGGAGAUUGAAUGUGACAAAAUAGUACUGAAAGAUCUUUUUCAUAUUGGGCUUAAUCUCGAAAUGCGUGAAUUAUGUGAUCUUUACAAAAAGUACGUCAUUGAUGAGAUGGAACUUAACAAAAGUAAUUGUAUUGAAUUACUUGAAUACUAUUUCGAUAUUUCAUCACAAAAAGACAUUUCAAAAUGUAUUAAUUACAUUUCAUCCCAUUUCUUUACUAUUGAUGAAGAAUCUCUUAAAUCAGUUUCUAAAAAACUCGGAAUUGAAAUUUUCCAAAGGAUCAUCGGAAGUAAUAGACUUGCAAUUAAAGAUGAAGACUCGUUAGCAAGUUUUAUCAUUUCUUUAACUAAAGAAAACGAAAUUUUUAAUCCUUUGAUUGAAAAAAUUCAAUUCGAGUUUUGUUCAAAAAAGAUAAUUGAUGAAAUACAUAGUUUAUCCAAUGCCGAAAACUGUAAAAUUAUCAUGAACUCUUUUAAUGACUCAUUGCUAAGGGCCAUAAAUCCUAACAAAAUCAAUCCACGUUCUUUCAAUCCAGAAAUAUUAACAACUGAAAUAUCUGAGUACAAAAAUUCAGAUGAUUUCGAAAGCAUUUACAAUUUCCUUGAUCGACUUUCUGAAAAUGGCUAUCAAGAUAUGAUGUAUAAAGCCUGUCAAGAAGGACUUUGUGAGAAAAGAGAGAAUGAAUUUAAUAGAAAUGUACUUCAUGUUGCUGUUCUCCGAGGAAAUUUCAGACUUGUAAAAUCUCUUAUUGAGAGUGGUUGCAAUAAAGAAACGCAAGAUAAUAAGGGAUGGACUCCACUAAUUUUGGCAUCUCAAAAAGGUAAUCUUGAAAUAAUUAAAUAUUUAAUAUCUAUUGGAGCAAACAAAGAGGCUCAAAAUUUUGAAAGAAUAACUCCAUUAAUUGCAGCUUCAUCAUACGGAUUCCUGGAAGUUGUUCAAUAUCUUAUUUUUAUCGACGUCAAUAAAGAGGCAAAAGACAAGGAUGGAAAUACACCACUUAUUUUGGCUUCAUUCAAUAAUCACCUUGAAGUAGUUAAAUAUCUUGUUUUUGUUGGAGCAAACAAAGAAGCAAAAAAUAAUAAAGGAUGGAGUCCAUUAGUUAAUGCAUCAUGUAUGGGACAUCUUGAAAUCGUUAAGUAUCUAAUUUCAGCUGGCGCUGAUAAGGAAACUAAUAAUCCUGGCAGGUUGACUCCUCUAAUAAUUGCUUCUCGUCAGAGCCAAUUAGAGGUUGUUAAAUAUCUUAUUUCUGUUGGAGCAAAUAAAAACGCAAAGACGAGUCAAGGAUUAACUCCUCUGAUCAUUGCCUCUCUAAAUAAUCAUUGCGAUAUUGUUCAAUAUCUGAUUUCUAUUGAAGUAGAUAAAGAAGCAAAAGAUAACUAUGGAUUGAAUUCACUCCAUUAUGCAUCAUUUUAUGGUCAUAAAAAUGCUGCUGAAUAUCUUAUCUCUGUUGGACUAAAUAAAGAAGCCAAAACUAAUGAUGGAUAUACUCCACUUAUGUUAGCAUCCAAAGAAGGAAAACUAGAAGUCGUUAAAUAUCUAAUAUCUGUUGGUGCUGAUAAAGAAGCAAAGGGAAAUGAUGGAAAAACUCCAAUCUCAUUAGCAACAGGCAAAGUGAAAGAUUUCUUAUUAUCUGCUUGA